GAACAAUCAAAAUAGUACGUAAAGUUCCGCUUCGUUGAGUUUUCUCGCGUUUCCUUUAAUAAAUACCAACCAGAAAACGAAGUGAUCCAACCUUACAUGCGUCUCACCUUCAUAUUUUUUAAUUUUCGAGAACGGGUCACGUAAAAAAAAAAAGCAAUCGUUCCUCUGUGAAGAAAUAAUGUGGUCAGGAAUGACAAAUCUGUGAUAUGGAAGAGUGUAAUGGAAUACCCUUUGCAAGAUUUUGAUGUAGAAGACGAAACCGAUUUUCUUUUGGGGCACACAAAUCAUGGGAGCAACGACAUGGACGUACAUACAGCAAAAAAAAAUAGAAACCCAGUGAGGAGGCGCAGUAUUGGACAGAUUUUAUGCAGUUGUUGGUGUAACAUCUUCAAAAGAUGCUGUGGGCAAAAAGAACUAAAAUCCCGCACCAUCAACCUGGGCAAGGCCACUCCAGGCCAGUUCCCAGCCAAUGCUAUCCGAAAUCAGAAAUACAAUAUUAUAACCUUUUUGCCAAUGGUCCUGUUUCAGCAGUUCAAAUUCUUUUUGAACUUGUACUUCCUGAUUAUGGCCACCAGCCAGUUCGUCCCUGAUAUUAGGAUUGGAUACCUUUAUACUUAUUGGGGACCAUUGUGUUUUGUGUUAUUCAUAACAAUAUGUCGAGAAGCAAUUGAUGACCUACGAAGGCACAAAAGGGACCAGGAAGUGAAUAAUCAAAAGUGCAAAAGGCUUCUCAAUGAUAGGGUUAAACCUUUUGAAAUUGUGGCUUCACAUAAAUUAAAGGUUGGUGAUUUAAUAAUAGUAGACAAAGAUGAAAGGGUACCGGCCGACUUGGUGCUGCUCAGAACAUCCGAAAGUAGUGGUACAGUGUUUGUCAGAACUGAUCAGCUGGAUGGUGAAACUGAUUGGAAAUUAAGGGUGGCGGUGCCAGCCACACAGAAGUUAGCCAGCGACCACCAACUAUAUGAGAUUAAUGCCAGUUUAUAUGCUGAAAAGCCUCAAAAGGAUAUACACUCAUUUAUUGGGACCUUUAAUAGGUUGGAUUCAAUAAAUAAUGAUGAGAGUCUGGAUUUGGAAAAUACUUUGUGGACCAAUUGUGUUAUAGCUUCUGGGCAGGCAACUGGAGUGGUGAUUUAUACAGGACCAGAAACUAGAUCUGUAAUGAAUAAUUCACAACCUAGAUCUAAAGUUGGUCUGUUAGAUAUUGAAGUUAAUACUAUAACAAAGCUAUUGUUUGUGGCUGUAAUGGGCUUGGCUUUUUUGAUGAUUGUUCUUAAAGGAUUCAGCGGCCCUUGGUACAGAUACCUGUUCAGAUUUGUAUUGUUAUUCUCUUACAUAAUCCCUAUAAGUUUGAGAGUCAACUUGGAUAUGGGCAAGUCAUACUAUUCGUGGUCUAUAGGGAAAGAUCCACACAUGAAGGGAACUGCAGUAAGAUGUACGACAAUUCCCGAAGAAUUGGGCAGAAUUUCUUAUUUGUUGUCAGAUAAAACAGGGACUUUGACCCAGAAUUCGAUGGUGCUGAAGAGGCUCCAUUUGGGGUCAGGGUGUUAUGCUGGUGAUAGUUUUGAAGAGGUUCAAGCGGUACUUAAAACGGCCUACUCGAACAACAAAGACAGUCCCACCCUGGAAUGCGGCGUACCAACGAAAUUCAGACGAUCGGAAACCACUAGAGUAAAAGACGCCGUGCAGGCAUUAGCUCUCUGUCAUAACGUGACUCCCACUUAUGAAAAUGACAAUAAUGAUUUAGCGUCUGUAGCAUCAGAAACAGAAGCUGAUCAACACCUGCAGGCGAGCGCUUUAGAAGUUAUUUAUCAAGCAUCCAGCCCUGACGAGGUGGCCUUGGUACAUUGGACACAAGAAGUGGGAUUAACUUUAUUCCGCAGAGACAAAACGUCCAUGCAAUUAAAAGCUCCCGACGGUCGUCUAAUGAAUUACACCAUUUUACGAGUUUUUCCGUUCACGAGUGAAACGAAGCGCAUGGGAAUUAUCGUUAAGGACUUAACUACCAAUGAGAUACUCUUCUAUCUGAAAGGGGCGGAUGUCGUAAUGUCUGGAAUAGUGCAGUACACUGAUUGGCUUGAGGAAGAAGUAGGGAAUAUGGCCAGGGAUGGAUUAAGAACUCUUGUUGUUGCUAAGAAAGUUUUAACUGAAGAACAGUAUCUGGAUUUUGAGACAAGGUAUAAUGCAGCAAGACUAUCAACAGUGGACCGAGUAAGUCGGGUAGCCCAAGUGGUUGAAUCACUAGAACGCGAAAUGGAACUGUUGUGCAUCACUGGUGUCGAAGAUAAACUGCAGGAUAACGUUAGGACUACAUUGGAGGUACUAAGAAACGCCGGCAUAAAAAUCUGGAUGUUAACUGGUGAUAAAUUGGAAACCGCCACCUGUAUAGCUAAGAGUUCCCGAUUGGUAUCCAGAACACAGAGUCUACAUGUAUUUAAAAAAGUGGUGACCAGAACAGAUGCUCAUCUGGAAUUAAACGCUUACCGAAAAAAACAGGAUUGCGCCCUGGUCAUAAGCGGAGAAAGUUUGGAAGUGUGUCUGUCAUACUAUCAGCAGGAGUUUAUGGAGUUGGCAACUGCCGCCCCUGCGGUGGUUUGUUGUCGAUGCUCACCUACCCAAAAAGCACAAGUGGUACAAUUGAUCCAACAACAUACUGGCAAAAGGACAGCAGCAGUCGGUGACGGCGGUAACGAUGUAAGCAUGAUCCAACAGGCGGAUGCUGGAAUCGGUAUCGAGGGACGCGAAGGAAAACAGGCCAGUUUAGCUGGAGAUUUUAGUAUUCCCCAGUUUUCGGUGUUGGCAAGGCUCUUAUUGGUACACGGAAGAAAAUCCUAUAAAAGAUCUGCCUCGCUUUCGCAAUUCGUCAUUCACAGGGGUCUGAUUAUUUCUACUAUGCAAGCGGUCUUCAGUAGUGUGUUUUAUUUGAGCUCGGUGGCUCUCUAUCAAGGUUUUUUGAUGGUCGGUUACGCUACUGUAUAUACCAUGUUCCCAGUAUUUAGCUUGGUGUUAGACCAAGACGUAAGUCCAGAGAUAGCACUUACGUACCCAGAACUAUAUAAGGAUCUGGCCAAGGGUAGAAGUUUAUCUUAUAAGACCUUCUUUAUUUGGGUAUUGGUCUCUAUUUAUCAAGGUGGCGUAAUAAUGUACGGAGCUUUGCUGUUAUUCGAAGACGAGUUUAUCCACAUAGUAGCUAUCAGCUUUACCUCAUUGAUUCUAACGGAAUUGAUUAUGGUAGCCCUAAAUAUUAGAACCUGGCACUAUUUAAUGAUUUUAGCGGAAUUUUUCUCGCUGGCCCUUUAUGGAUUAAGUCUUAUAAUUUUACACGACUACUUCGACGCCGAAUUUAUAAAAACCCCCGACUUCCUGUGGAAAGUGACCGUCAUAACCUUAGUGUCAUGCUUGCCGCUUUACAUCCUAAAAUUCCUUAGGAAAAAAUUCUCGCCGCCCAGCUACACUAAGCUGUCUUAGAUUAUUUAAAUUAAUUGUGAUAUAUUGCGACUCAAAUUUCAAUUGAAAUGACAAAAAUACGGUCAGAUAUUUUUCGAUUACGUUUAAAUUUUAAAUAGUAACUAACCUAAGAUCAAUUAAUAUAUUUAAUAAUCUUGAAGUGAUAGAAGUUUGUAGGCUGUUGGACUAGUUUUUUAAACUAGUCCAUUGAUUAGCCUACGGGCGCUUAAAUAGAUGUGCUUGUAUAUUAUUAAUACAUAGAUGUGUUUUUUUAUUUUUUAACAAUUUUUCGCUAUAAAAGCACCAGCUGAUUAUAGUCAAUGGAAGUAACCAAUUUUUGUUCUGUUAAUAUGCCUUAUUUUAUUCUUAUUACUAUAUGUACUUCCGACGUUGUUAAUUAUAUUUAUAUAAAUGUA